GGCUACUCUUCAAUGAUGUCUACUCUGCUUCAAAGUUUGCUGUGGAGGGGUUCUGUGAGAGUCUAGCAGUACAAGCCAUGAAGUUCAGUGUGAAGAUGACUCUAGUGGAGCCUGGUCCGGUGGGGACAGAAUUUAAGAGGAAGGUGUACGAGGACGCUGAGAAGAUGGACCUCGCGGGGGCAGACGAGGAGACUGCUAGGAUCUUCCGUGAGAUCUACCUGCCCUACUCUAGGAAGGUGUUCAACUCUCUCGCACAGACACCCGAGGAAAUAGCAGAGCAAACACUUCAACUGAUGACAGUGAGCCUCCGUUUCGCCACCAGACCAACCGUGUGUACAUGCCCAUGACUGACCUGAAGCACGCAGACCCUACCGGUCGUCUACCCCUGGACACCUUUUAUAAGCUGCUAUUCAAGCACGACAGUCUAUUCACUGCCAGUCUGGGGCUGCUGCGCAUGUUGCAGAAGAGGAGCUCCAAUUGAGCAGAAGGUUGGAGACAGAGUGAAUAACCUAGUGAGGAGAGAUAGGGGGAUAGAGAGAGCAGAAGGUUGGAGAGACAGAGUGAAUAACCUAGUGAGGAGAGAUAGGG